AUGGACUCCUUUGAAGCGACGCUUGAAUUUGCAAAAAUUCUCCGGAAACUCAAUGCAUCCACAAAGUCUCAGGAUGCGGCAAUACAAUUUCUCAUGAAAAACCGCGACCUCAUGGAGGAUUUGUACCGUUGUAUCCUCUACGAGAUGAGCAAGGGCACCAUCUCGCUGCGCGUCAGCAUCCUGUUCUUUUUGAGCUACCUGGCCGGCGUUUCCGUGAGCAAAUCGCUGCCUUUCCACGGCUGGAUUGCCCGAGACAUCCCGCAGAUAGUAGAUCUGGCCGUUCCGCGCGUGCGGGCCGGACUUGCCAACGUCGCGCCCACUGAAAAAGUCUUGCGGGACCUUGUGGCCAAGAAGGUCGUUGAAGAGCGCCAUCUGGUCCGGGCUCACGAGCACCUGGUUGAGCGUGCCAUGCACAUCCAGUCGACUCCUGGGCUGGUGGAUCCCAACGUCCCCGAAACCAACAACGACGAGAUCCUCAGGCGAAUGGAAGAGGACCGGGAACGCGGCAAAAAGGUCAAGGAGGGCCAGUGGUCGGUCAAUUCGGCAAGCGAAGAGUUUCUGGCGGCAUGGGACAACAUUGGCGGGCUCACAGAGCUCGAUUUCGAACAGAUGGACGAGGACAGCGAGAUUUGUGCUGAUUCGAGACAGGGCGUGCGGGCCCCCUGA